CAGCCCCUGGCCACUGAAGAGAAGCACAAAUGCCGCUGAACAGGGUAUUACGAGGAGGGCGGACAAUUUGUUUAACAGUGAUAGCCGAACGUCGCCAAAAUUUGAGAAAAAUUGCGCGGCCCCAAAGCCUCUUCCGCACGCCUUGCGUCAAACGCUGAUUUUUGUUUUUAUGACAUAAUAAAUUAAACAUAGGACAGCAGAGAGGUAUUUAUUCAGUUCCGGUCUACAAAGUGAAAAAAUUGUUCAUUCCUCGAGACAAAAUGGCUCCAGAUAACCAAGCAGUGAGGGCUUCAUUUGGAGUAUACAAACCUGUUGAAGGCUGCACCAUAAAUGAUGUUUUGACCCAUGUGAUCAGAGUGGCCUCUUCUCUGGAGACGACCUGUGAAGUUAACAUCACCAUACUCAAGAGCAAGACCAGAUCCUGGGUUGCAGCCUUUUGUGAACAAAAAGGCCAGGCAGAUCAGAAAAAUCCAUGGACAAAUCUUCCACAGGCUGCAGCUUUCACUAAGGGACUCAAGUGCCCUGUGAGAAUGGUGGACUUUGGAUGGUUUGAAUUAGUCGCUGGAGAUCAGAAAAUGAAUGAAGGGAAGGAAUUCUUGCCUUUAGCACAGUAUGGUAUGGGGGACAUUGUGAGUGUUCGGAGAAUAUUCACUAAAGGGGGUACAAAGCAGGAGAAGUUGGUGUACUGUUGCCUGGCAGUACUAAAGGCCUUCUUCAAAAACAUCAAGGGAAUGAUGUCCUACAACUUCUACAGAUCUCUGGAUGGGAAGAAGGUCAUUGGUCUUGGUAAGUGGGAAAAUACAGAUUUUGCCUAUGGCGUGAUAAACAAUCCAGAUGGGUGCCCUGCAGAAGCUUAUUGGAACAGUGUGGGACCCAAGAAAUUGAAAUAUGAAGUGUGUGAGGUGGUGUAUGUGACCCAAAACAAGCUAAAUCCAUAAUGGUGCAAAUAUUAUAAGUUGGUAGUGGGCUUUGCUGUGGAUGCUUUUGCUUGUAUAAUAUUUUUCAAUCCCAAAGCAAUUGAUUGUGCCUGCUUUUCACCCACUGCGUUUUCUUUUGUUGUUGACCCACUGUGAUUGCUUAUGUAAAUCAGCUAAAAAUCAUAUCAUUAUCAGUGACCCACAUUACUUUUUCUGGUACUUUUUUCAAAGAUGUAGAAUAAGAAAACUUGUACUGUUGUGCAAUUCCAAUUCAAACUGUAAAAAAUGUACUCCAUA